CCCAUAUGCGAUGCUUGAGUCAUCCAGCGAUAGCACAGCUGGACAGCACGAACUCGUCUCUCUGUCUGAUGGGGUGUGCUAUGUCACACGAUGACAUUGAAAGCCAACACAAAUCACAUGAAAGCACGGCCUCUGUGUCUCAAGCAUGGACCGGAGAAGCUCGCCACAGACAGACCACUGCCGAUGAAGGCCGCAUCCAAUACACUAGUAGACAGUGUGACACCGUAGACAGACAGGCUGUCCCCGAGCCCCAUCCACCUAGAGAUACGAUGCGAGUCCAUCAGUCAGGGUCUAAACGAUCAGACAGACAACCAUCAGGCGAGGGAGGAGAGAACAAACAGACAGACAGACAGACAGACAGCCAGCUUGGGCAGCCAGACAGCCAGACAGACAGACAGACAGAGAGACAGACGGACGCGGACAGACGGACGCGGACAGACGGACGCGGACAGACGGACAGCCACGGCAGGCAGGUAGGCAUUGAUUCCACGCAAUUCGCCCAACCCAAUCAAUAGAUGGAUGCACCCACCCAGUGCAUGCGAUGAGUGAAAUGCAGCGCCAUGCAGAGGGAUGGGAUGGCAUGCAAUGUGGUGUGGUGUGGUGUGGCGUGGUAGUAUGUAUGGUGUGUGAGCUACCCUGUCUGUCUGUCUGUCUGUCGGUCGGUCGGUCGGUCUGUCUGCCAUCGACCCACCCAUCCCGUCCGCCCCUAUCGAAGCAUACGUACCAUAGGUGUCACUCAGGCAUGCGCCAACAAACCAAGACACACACACGGAGAAAUAUAUCACCACCCGACGGCCCCUGAUACACACACAAACACAUAUAGCGAAGACAGACAGACAGACAGACGGACGGACAUGAGUGCAUGAAAGGCGACGCUCGACGUGUGCACUUGUCUGACAUUGACAUACGUACCUGGUAUGUGGAUCGUCAUUUGGCCUUGGCCUUACUCUUAGCCUUGGCCUUGCCUGCAGUCACAAGAAAGACAGAAACACACCACACAAACAAAGGACGCACUCACGUGUGAGGGAGUAGGUCGGUGGCUGGGGGGGUAGGGGCGCACCUUUGGCUUUGGCUUUGGCUUUGGCCUUGCCCUUGGCCGCCGCCUUGGGCUUCUUGGUGCUGGGCUUGCGAACGCUCUGCGCACGCAGGGAUACAGGCGGGUCAACACACGACACACACAAAACAGGACAACAUAACAUAACAUGUGCGGUUAAAGGCCCCUGUGGCAUGGUGUGGCUGACGUGUGCGUGUCCAUGUGUCCGCCCGUACCGCCUUGGCCUUGUUGGCGGCAGCCGUCUUGGGUUUGGCCCCAGCGCGGGUCUUCUUGACAGCCUUCGCUUUGGCCUUGGCAGCAGGGGCAGCCCCAGCCUCAACUCCAGUAUCUGACACACACACACACACGCACAGACAGAGAGAGAGAGAGACAUGUCUGGGGUGAUUGAGGAGGCGGCGUCCGUGUGUGCGUGUGUGGUAUGGUGGUGUGUGGUGUGGUAUGUGGUUUGUGUGGCGUGGGUACCCUCAGCCGCGGCCUUGGGUUUCUUGGGUGCGGCCUUCUUGGCAGCGCCAACCACGUUCAUGUUGAACUUGUACGAUGCCUUGAUCUGCACACAACACACAACACACCAACACACGCCACACGUCGAGAUGCACCCACCACACCAUCACACCACACCAUUGUCACCUACCCUCCCCCCUGUGGACGCGGUGCAUAUGUGUGUAAGUUUCUUACCUUGAUGAGUUUCUUGGCUUCGGUCAUCCGCUUGAGUGAGCUGCUGAGGUGGUACUUGGUGCGUCCGUCCUCGAAGUCGAGGGCGUAGUUGGCCUGGAUGAACUUCUUGAUGGCAAACAGGCUGCUGCCUGACCGGUCCUUGAGUGUGCCGAUGGCCUCCUUGAUCAUCUCCUCAUACGAAGGGUGCUUCGGGGCAGCACGCGCCUCGCCACCACAACACUUGGCCUUGCCCUUCCCCUUCGCCUUGCCCUUCGCCUCCUCCUCAGCUGAAUGGUCAAGACAGACACAUACAGACGGACAUGAGGGUGUCAUUCAACGAGUGGGUGGAUGCGUUCAUGUGUGUAAGUUGUCUCUGACCUGAGGACUUCUGCGCCGCUUUGCGGUGAGGGCGACCACCAGCAGUUGCUGCUGCUGCGGCGGCUGCGGCGGGAGCCUCCUCUGCCUCCUCGGCUUGCUCAGCGGCUGGCGGUGCUUCGGGAGCCUCGGGACUUGGAGCCUCCCCCUCCCCAUCCUCAACGCCCUCAGCAGGCUGCUCGACCUGCUCCCCGCCGCCCUCAGCCCCCUCCUCUCCCUCCCCAGCAGCCUCCUGCACGGCCUGCUCGGCGGCUGGCGGUGCCUCGGGAGCCUCGGGAACCUCCUGGCAUGGCUCAAGAAGGGGAGGAGCCUGUGGGGGUAGUAGGUGCUCCUCCUCUGGAGGGGCCGCAGGCGCCAUCUCUUGGUCCUCGUCCUCCUCUUGAGCAGCAGGGGGCGGUGGUGGUGGCGAAGGUGGUACAGCCAUCUCCUCGUCGCCCGCUGGCGGGGCAACAGCAGCAGCGGCAGUGGCCCCGUCAACGGCCACGGCAGGCGGGGCCGUCAUCGGUGCGGGGGGCGGCAACUGCGGCUCCUCUGCCUCCGCCUCGGCCAU